CGGAGCCGGGAGAUAGAGUAUGGACUGAAAUAUAGGGAUGGUUGUCAUACAUCCUGACUCUCCAUAAUACAUGAAAUAUGUUAAAUAUAACCUAACCGAACUUUGUUAGAGAGCCGGAUCUCUGCAAGUGGAUACCAGGCCCAGAGGGCACUGGAUGCGGAUAAUUAAUAUGGAUUAGAAAUGGCUUUUUGUGGGGUUCCGUGCCCUCAAUUUUUCCUGGCUGCGAAAUCCGAGCAAUCUGAAGGAAACUUUUGGCUGCCUGCAUCAGAAAGAAAGAGACUGUGGCAUGAAAGGCUUAUAGGGCGCAUACACACCUACGCCUGAAAUGUAGCAGUUAUGGAGUAAGCGUGUGUGUGUGUAGGGGGUGUUUAGGUGUCAGCACAUAGAAACUGCACAUCGUUGGUAUGAGGAGAAGCAGCAGCCACAGUGUGCGCCCUGCCCAGGCACAGCGGGCUAGCUUGGUACAUGAAGCCUUAUGGAGAGAGCGCAUCUGACAUGGAAGAGCUCACUGGCAGCGUAGGAGGCGCCUCCCCCCUCUCUGGGCGGGUAACUCUAAUCGCCAAUAAAAGUAGUCGCUUAGGGGGGGGAAAAGUUUUUUUUUUUGUUGGCAGUUGGAAACGAAUUGAGCAAUUAUCUAGUUUACCUUCUCCUCUUGGAAGUUAACGAUUGGUGAGAUCUUUGCUGCGCUAUUGACACAACACUUCCCAUUGAGCAGGCCUGGUAGCAAUAAGCAGUGAUUGCCCCGGUGUCUCCUUCUCCAUGUAAUCUGUAAUGGAUUGGCAUCUGUCCACUGGGCUGAUAAUGGUGGUUCUGCACAGUACCUACAUGCUAAUGGCCAGACCCCUCGCUGAGAAACAUUGACAAGGAGGGAAGCUGGUAUCCUGGGAAGAACACUUCUUCUCAUCCCACAGCCAAGACAUGGACAGUAGCCUUCAGCACAAGACAACCAAAAUCUUCCCAUCUCAAGCGUCCAGAGAUUCUCUGUCCAACAGGGUCACCAUGAUCAGCGGUGCCAAACCACUUGCUUUCUCUAUUGAGCGGAUCAUGUCGAGGACUCCAGAGCCCAAAUGCCUCCCAGUGCCCAGUCUGCUGCAAGGUUCUGUGCCAAAAGGGGACCAAAAACAAGCCCUCCAUAUCAACUCCUCAUCUAUACCCUGCAUGAUCCCUUUUGUCCCGGUUGCUUAUGACCAUUGUCCCAAAAUUGGCAUCUCUGGUGCUGAGCUGAGGAAAAGCCAUUUGGAUUCCUCUCCCCCAUUUAGCUGCAAUGAUCUCUUGAACUGUGCCCUGACCCUAAAGGGGGACUUUCCACGGGAAGCUUUGCCCCUGCAGCAGUACAAACUGGUCAGACCUCGAGUAGUAAAUCACUCUUCUUUCCAUGCCAUGGGGGCAGCAUUCUGUUACUUCAACAGGGGAGACAGUCAGUGCCACCCGCCGGCCAGUAUCAAUAUCCACCCUGUGGCCUCCUACUUCCUGGGCUCCCCCUUGCACCAAGCCCCCAAAUCCUAUCUGGCUGAGAGGAACAAGCUGGUGCUCCCUUCCGUGGAGAAGUUUUCUUCAGGGGUGACAUUUAAGGAUUUGUCCCAAGCCCAGUUCCAGCACUACAUGAAGGAAGGUGCUCACUCCCUCUCUGACAAGAUCACUUUUAAAACUUCUGCCAAAUUCAGCAGCGCUUCCCCCAGCAACAAACCCAAAGUUUUUACAUGUGAAGUGUUCAACGCGCACUACAACCUGACUCGGCACAUGCCGGUGCACACCGGGGCCCGGCCCUUUGUCUGCAAGAUCUGCGGCAAAGGAUUCCGCCAAGCGAGCACCCUGUGCCGGCACAAGAUCAUCCAUACACAGGAGAAGCCACACAAGUGCAACCAAUGCGGCAAAGCGUUCAAUCGAAGUUCCACGCUGAACACUCACACCCGGAUCCACGCUGGCUACAAGCCAUUUGUGUGUGAAUUCUGCGGGAAGGGCUUCCACCAGAAAGGUAAUUACAAGAAUCACAAGCUCACUCACAGCGGGGAGAAGCAGUUCAAGUGCAAUAUCUGCAACAAAGCUUUCCAUCAGAUCUACAAUCUGACCUUCCACAUGCACACGCACAACGACAAGAAACCCUUCACCUGCCCCACCUGCGGCAAAGGCUUCUGUAGGAACUUUGACUUAAAGAAACAUGUGCGCAAGUUGCACGACAGCAACACUGCCGCUCCGCAUGCGAUAGGAGGUACGGGACAGGAGGAGCUUCUUCUACCAAACAGGGAGCCGUCCCCCACAAUCCAGAGCCCACAACUCCAAAAGUCAGGGUACUGAUAGCCUUACUGCUGGGACGGAGGAGGCAGAAAGCAGUAGUUUCCCAUGCACUUUCCACUCACAGACUAGCCUGUCACGUCGCAAGUUGGUGGCAUCCCAGUUGCACUUGUAGUAAUGGGCAGGAGACGAUUCCAUGGGAGGUCGGUUAAGAGUUUCCAUCGAUUGUCUCAAAUCCCCUUCUGGAUCCUUUUCAAGGGGCCCUUUGUUUACCUCGUGUCUUUGCAUGCACCUGUUAAAUAUUAUCUGAGUAUUAUGCCCUGAAGCAGGGAUCAUUAAUAUUGAGGUGACCAGUUGUUGCUGAACUACAGCGUCCCCUAGACAUUCCUAGACUGCCGAGCUCUGUGAUGAAGAGAUGUGUAGUUCAAGAGCAGCCGGCUAAUCACACAUUGAGCAAGCCUGAUCUGCAUACACAUAAGCGGUUUUUGUGGUUGGACUAUUUUGUUUGUCGGUGUUUUUUUUUUGUAAAGGUCCUACAUUUCUGUUUCCCUGGAUCACAAGAGGUAACAUGAUUGAUGCUAUAUUUGAUCUGAUGUAUUUAUUCUCCUUGCGGAAUGCUGCACAACUUUAUUCUAUUUAAUGUAAAUACAUAGAUCCUUAAAUAAGUAUAUUUUCGUUGUGUUUGUUCAGCACUCUUUCACUUUCCUGAUUCUUAUUUAAUUUCCCCCCCAGUCAAGUUUUUUGAGGUAUAAUAGGAGAGCUCAUCUAUUAACAGAGCGUUUUAAAGAAAUGUAUUAUUGCAUCUAAGUUUUAUUCUUGCACGUGAAAAUAAAUUCCUUUUAUCAUGGUGGUAA